AUGGAAGCCCCUCAGCAACCUGCCGCGUCCAACGAGCGAAUCGCCCAGCCUCUCUCAUACCCCAACCCAUCCCUGGGCGACACUGCUGGAUUCGCCGCCGCCAAUUCUUCUCCUCCUCAGGUCCAAAGUGGUCCCCAACGCAAGCCGCGUCUUUCGGACAAGGUCCAUGGCGUUCUUCUCGUCUUCAGUAUCCUUCUGGGCCUGUUCAUCUCGACUCUGGAUACGUCAGUCAUCGCCACGUCUCUCAUGAGCAUCUCCGAGGAGUUUCAAGACCACGCCAAUGCCUCUUGGAUUCUUCUCGCCUACCUCCUUACGUACAUGGGGUGCUCCGUCGGUGUUUCCAAGCUAAGCGACAUCUACGGCCGAAAGCUCAUCCUCUUCGUCAGCUGGACCAUCUUUCUACUCUGCUCAACUGGCUGCACCGCCGCUUGGAGCAUGACAUCCCUGAUCAUCUUCCGCGCUUUGAAGGGCAUUGGAGGUGCCGGUCUCUACAGCCUUGCUCAAAUCUGCCUCCUCGAACAUGGUCCUGCCAAAAACCCGAGUCACAUGGGAGCUUUAAUCGGUAUUACUCUCGCCCUCGCUUUCCUUUUGGGUCCAGUUCUAGGAGGAGCCAUCACCUCCAAGGUCAGCUGGCGCUGGAUUUUCGGUAUUAAUCUACCCAUCGGCUUAUUCGCUAGCACCUGUAUCAUGCUGUUCUUCCCGGCCGAGCGCCGCGCACACCAUAUCUUCUCGUUGCGUGCCUUCAUGAGGGUUGACCUGGUCGGCAUGAUGAGUCUCCUUGUUGCCUCCAUCACCCUCGUUUUCGCUAUCGAGAGGGGCGGCUCUCGGGUCUACGAGUGGAACAGUGUCCAAAUCAUCGCGGCUUUCUGCGCCUCUGGUUUUUGCUGGAUCAUUUUCGUUGGCUGGGAGACCUUCCUUAAUAAGAAGUAUUGCGAACACCAUAACCACAUCCGAUGCGUCCACAUGGAGCCUGUCUUUACCGCCGCUCUCGCCCACCGCCGCCCCUACAUCUGCGGUCUCAUCGUCGCCUUCCUGACCGGAGCCCCUUACGUUGUCUUGACAGUUGCCAUUCCCGAACGCAUGCAAGUCUUGCAACACGCAACUCCCCUCAGUGCUGGAGUUCACCUCCUUCCCAUGCUAUCAGGCACUGCUGUUGGAUCCUUCCUGGCCGGUGCGAUCUGCCGCAAGUUCAAUCACACGUCCUACCUCAUGGUUGCGGCAUCGAUUACGCAAUUGCUUGGAAUUGGGCUCAUGUUGUCGCUCGCUAACGUCGAUUCGUCUUUCGUGCCCGCGUACGGAUUUACUCUCAUUGUUGGACUUGGGGUUGGAGUGUCUUUCGGUGCCUCAACCAUCGUUGCUGCUGUCGAGGAGGACAAGGCUGUUGCUCAAGGACUCAUUGCUCAAGCUCGCGUGCUGGGUAGUUGCAUCGGUGUGGCUGUUUGCACCGUCCUUUUCCACAACCGCAUAGACUCACUCGUCCACAUUCUGAACUCGUCACAGCUCGACACGAUGCAUUCGACUCCCACGGCAUCUGUUCACUUCACCCCGGAACUCCAACGGCGUAUUCAGGAGGUUUACGCAGUCGCGUUCAAAGAUCAGAUCAUCUUCUUGACCAGUGUUUGCGGCGCCAUGCUGCUUGCAGCCAUCUGCUCUUUCGAGAAAAGGCCCAGAUCCAUCAACGCUCUUGCCGACGCCCAGCGCGCUUUUAAGACAAGCCAACAGGAAGACCGCGAUGGAACGGAGCUGAGCGACAUGGGUAGCGUGCGUACGGCUCGCGCAGGCUGCAGCAAUCCGGCCUAA